AUGUCUAAGGCCAAACAGUGCGAGUCGGUGCGGGUGGUGGUGCGCUGCCGGCCCUUCGGCACCAGAGAGGCGGGGUGCGACAACAUCCUGGAGGUGGAUGACAAACUGGGACAGAUCACCAUCAGGAACCCGAGGGCGCCACCCGAGGAGCCCAGGAAGGUGUUCACGUUCGAUUCCGUACAUGGGUGGGACUCCACGCAGAGCGACAUCUAUGACGACGCGGUGAGACCCCUGGUGGAGUCCGUGGUCCUGGGCUUCAACGGGACCAUAUUUGCCUAUGGACAGACAGGGACAGGUAAGACUCACACCAUGCAAGGGGUGGUAAGGGACCCGGAGGGCAGAGGGGUGAUACCCACGUCGUUCCAGCACAUCUUCACCCACAUCUCCAGGACCCAGAACCAGAAGUACCUGGUGAGGUCAUCCUACCUGGAGAUCUACCAGGAGGAGAUCCGGGACCUGCUGUUCAAAGACAACAACAGGAAGCUGGAGCUCAAGGAAAGCCCCGACUUUGGCAUCUACGUGAAAGACCUGUCCUCGGUGGUGACCAAGAACGCCACGGAGAUCGAACACGUCAUGAACCUGGGCAACCAGUCCAGGUCCGUGGGGUUCACCAACAUGAACGAACGCAGCUCCAGGUCCCACGCCAUCUUCCUCAUCACCGUGGAGUGCAGCGAGGUGGGGCCCGACGGCGAGGACCACAUCCGAGUCGGGAAGCUGAACAUGGUCGACCUGGCUGGCAGCGAGCGCCAGAGCAAGACGGGCGCCAAAGGGAAGCGGCUGAAGGAGGCAACCAAGAUCAACCUGUCUCUGUCGGCCCUGGGGAACGUCAUCACGGCUCUGGUGGACGGGAAGAGCACCCACAUCCCCUACAGGGACUCCAAGCUCACCCGGCUGCUCCAGGACUCGCUGGGGGGCAACGCCAAAACGGUCAUGAUCGCAACCGUGGGGCCUUCGCACAAGAACUUCGAAGAGUCCCUGGCCACGCUCAGGUACGCCAGCAGGGCCAAGAACAUCAAGAACAAACCCCGGAUCAACGAGGACCCCAAAGACGCCCUGCUGAGGGAGUACCAGGAGGAGAUCGCCCGCUUGAAGGCGCAGCUGGAGAAGCAAGGGAUGCUCGCAAAGGAGAGGAGGAGGAUCAGGAGGAAUAGCAAAAGGCUGAGCAGAAGCAUGGGAGGCAUGGAGGAGGAGAUGCUCACAGAGAGGGAGGCGGAGGUUUUGAGGGCCCUUCAGGGGGAACCAGACGGGAGACUUUACCUGAAACAGGGCGAGGACUGCCCCAGGAGACUGAUCUACCAGGGGGGCAGCGAGAGGCUGAGGCCCCUGAGCGAGCACAGGAAGAGUGUGGAGGACAUGCAGUGGGACCAGGACGCUCUGCAGAAGAUCAUCGAGAAAUACAAGACUAUGGAGAGCAAACUGUUAGUCGGAGGAAAGACGAUAAUCGAUCACACCAAUGAACAACAGAGGACGCUCGAGUUGAAGAGGCAACUAAUUGCAGAACAGAUAAGGAGCGAGCGAGAGAUGCAGCAGCAGAUGAUGCUACAGGACGAGGAGACGGUGGAAAUGAAGGAGACCUUCUCCUCCAUGCAGCAGGAGGUGGAACUGAAGACAAAGAAGCUGAGGAGGAUCUACGCCAAACUACAGCUGGUGAAGGGAGAGAUCAAAGACGUCAUCGAUGAACACGUCAUGACCCGACAGGAGCUUGAACAGACACAGACCGAGCUCACCAGGGAACUCAAGUACAAAUAUCUCUUGAUAGAGAAUUUUAUACCUCCUGAAGAAAAGAACAAGAUCAUUAAACGGCUGCACUUUGACGGUGAGGAGGACCAGUGGAGACUCAGGCCGGUGCUUCCACCAGAGAGUGCACCAAUUCGGAUCAAGAGACGUCCUCUGUCGGCCGUGGGAUACAAGAGGCCAAUAAGCCAAUAUGCACAGAUGGCUGUUGCCACGGCAACUGGGGCCCCGUCGAGAUACCAGGCUGAGAACAUCAUGCUGCUGGAGUUAGACAUGUCUCCACCGACCAUGUUCGCCCUGAACCUUAACGGCGCUCACCUGGAGAGGGCCUUCUCUCCGAGGCUGCUGGGGGAUCUCGUGCUGAAUGUUCCGGUUAGAGAGAGGAGGGCUUCAUCCUCGAGGGUCAGGAAGUCCCAAUCCUGGUAUCAAGCACCACAAGCAGCAUCUGUCACCUCUUCGUCCUCCUCCAGCGCUCUGACGUCAGCGUCUCAGAGCUUCUCUCCCGCUCACAGACGGAGACCUUCCUCUGCUGCCUUUCUCUCACAGGACGAGCCGGUUCACACAAGCCCCUGA